UUGUCCAUUGCGAUUAGUUCGGCCAAAAAACGUCUUGGCUAACUACUGGUUUGACUAAGAUGCUCCCAGCCGGUUUCAUUUCUAAGUCACACAUAGAAUUCUAUGUUAGAAUUUAUAUUCUGUGAUAGAAUAGAAAGCAAACAUCGACGUCAAAAUAAAAUUAAUCAAAAAUUAAUUCUGCAUAAACUAUUGAUUUCUAGGCGUAUGUGAAUGAUAACGAUUUGUGCUAUCGUUUUAUACGCCUUUCACAUUUCUGCUCGGUAUUUAGUAAUAAACGCUGUUACAAAUCGCCAUUUUCAAAAAACGUUUUAAUUGCUAUAUUAACCGUUGCGCUUGUUUGUACCACGGCAGCAAUGGCUGUUUUUGUUGUAUUGUGGAAUAAAACUGCAACAACAACCACAGCGUUACCGUCGCAAUGUUCGAGUUACUUAGCAAUAAACGAUGCGACGACUGUAUACAGUUAUUAUUGUAGUGGGUGUUAUACAGAUUGCGCUAAGUCUGUUGCUUGGUAUCGAGUUGUUGGAUCAUCGGGCACCCAGUUGUAUGAUCGAGCACCAAAUCAAGGUUAUUGCGGAACAAAUUACGCAGCGUAUUAUAUGGGAACAUCGCCCACAUAUUAUGGUCAAACAGUUACGGGUACCGUUUGUACAUUUUAUAGUACGAAUGUUUGUUACUGGUCAACGACAAUAAGUGUGACUAAUUGCGGUACUUAUUAUGUUUAUUAUUUACCACAAGCACCAGGCUGUAAUAAUUAUGUACGAUAUUGCACAAUGUAA